ACUUUUCAGAAAGCGCAGGUGAAGGCGCACGCGAAGCUGAGCUUCCAUGAGCAGGUCGGCCAGAUCCUGGGCUUGAUGUGGGCGCCGACGAGGAUGGAUGACCAGGCGAAGUUCUUACGCUUGCGAGGAGGCAACAUCAGCGUGUAUCUGCGGAUGCCGGUCGUAUCGGGAUACAAGGAGAACAUCCGGGCACUUCUCCUUAAUCACACCACGGGUCCGAUCCUUCUCAAGGAGACGGACGGCGCCAUCCCGUGCGAGCGAGAAGAGCCUCCCCACUUCGGGAUCGGGCGGACGCUAGGCGAGAACUACGGCACUGUCGCGUGUGGGAAGGACCGGCACCGAAAUGCUGCUCUAAAGCAGGCAAAUGUAGAAGAGGGGUGA